UUUUGGACUAUUUGAGACCCAAUUCGGACCUAUACAACGUCACCAUGACCUCACCCCAAGCUUAAGUUGCUCACUUCUACUCUUGUGCUCAAUCACAACUCUCUUCUUCUCUCCUUGGGAAUCGGAAAAACUCACCGGAAAAUUCGAUAAUGCCCGGCGUCACAGGUCCCUCAGAUUACUCGCUGGAGCCGCCUCGACAUCCGAGCCUCAAAAUCAACGCCAAGGAGCCUUUCAACGCCGAACCGCCGCGCUCGGCUCUCGGCGCCGCUUACGUCACUCCGGUGGAUUUGUUCUACAAGAGAAACCACGGUCCUAUUCCAAUAGUGGAUGACAUCCACAGUUACUCUGUUUCCAUAACUGGAUUGAUCGAAAAUCCGAAGCAGGUGUUUUUCAAGGAUAUCAUGGCGCUUCCUAAGUACAAUGUCACUGCCACAAUGCAGUGUGCAGGUAAUAGAAGGACAGCUAUGAGCCAAACUCGGACUGUCAAGGGAGUAGGAUGGGAUGUUUCUGCUAUAGGAAAUGCUGUAUGGGGUGGUGCGAAAUUGGCUGAUGUACUUGAACUUGUGGGAAUUCCGAAGUUCACUGGUGCUACUAAAUCUGGUGGAAAACAUGUUGAGUUUGUAAGCGUUGAUAGGUGUAAGGAGGAAAAUGGAGGCCCAUACAAAGCAUCAAUUCCACUGAUUCAGGCCACAAGCCCGGAUGCAGAUGUUUUACUUGCUUAUGAGAUGAACGGAGAGACCCUAAACAGGGAUCAUGGCUAUCCAUUGCGUGGGAUUGUGCCUGGUGUUAUUGGUGCCCGUUCUGUUAAAUGGCUUGAUUCGAUUAACGUCAUUGCAGAGGAAUGUCAGGGUUUCUUUAUGCAAAAAGACUACAAAAUGUUUCCACCUUCAGUAAACUGGGAUAACAUUAAUUGGUCGACCAGGAGGCCACAAAUGGAUUUUCCUGUCCAGUGUGUAAUUUGCUCUCUAGAGGAUGUGAAUGCAUUAAAGCCUGGAAAGGUAAAAGUUAGUGGGUAUGCAGCAUCAGGAGGUGGUCGUGGGAUCGAGAGAGUUGAUAUUUCUGUUGAUGGUGGCAAUACCUGGGUUGAAGCAUCUAGACAUCAGCAACCUGGCAUCCCAUAUAUUGCUGAGUCCACAUGCAGUGACAAAUGGGCAUGGGUACUUUUCGAGGCCAUGAUUGAUGUCCAACAGAGUACCCAAAUUGUUGCAAAAGCAGUGGAUUCAGCAGCAAAUGUACAACCUGAAAAAGUGGAGGACAUCUGGAACUUGAGAGGGAUACUGAACACUUCAUGGCAUAGAGUACAAGUUCGAGUUGGCCACUCAAAUUUGUAGACCAAAUUAACAAGAGAAAAACUGAAGGAAAAUAAUACGUAAAAUACUUGAAAGUUGUAAUCGCUUUCUGUUUGGAUAACAUUGACCACUUCUCUUACAUUUUCCAUGUGCAAGUAAUAAAAUGUUUAUUAGUUUGCUAUCAAUGUUAAGACUUCUAAGAGGGUUGUUGAAGAGUAUUUGCCUCGGAACAUUUAGUUGGUGGUUGUGUUUAAGUUGGUGUAUAUAUAUACAUUUCAAAUUAGCAUUCCCAUUGCAG